CGGCCGCGCACUUCCGGUGCACGCGGGCGGUGGUGGUGCCGCGGCCGCGCGGAUGGGCUCGCCCGUGGAGCUGGGGUUCGUGGAGCAGGCGGCCCCGUGGCGCCUGCGCAGCGCCCACGGGCUCCCGUCCGCCGCUGGGCUGCGACCCCUUCGGGCAGCCUCCUGCCUUAGAACCGCACUUACCGGGGGGCGGGGCCGCCGCCCUGGAGCUGUGUCCAGGAGCUACCGCGCUGCGCAGAGUAGCGACCCAGACCGGCCCUCGGCGCCUUUUGGUCACUGCCCCGCUGCUCCCUUCACGCCUGCGUUUCCUCCAGUCUUCAGGAGCCAGCUUCCCAGGGAGAACGACACCUAUUCCUAUGACCCGCCGCCUGACGCGCCCCCUCCCGAAGGGCAGACCCGCGUGAGCCUGCAGCUUCAGUGUGGAGCUCAUCUGUGUAGAGCGAAGGUUUGUUCUAAAUGCCACAGGGCCCACUACUGUAGUAAAGAGCAUCAGACUGUAGAUUGGAAAUCGGGACACAAACUUUCUUGUGCGCAGUCAGCUCAAUUGGACGCUGUAAUUCCAGAUCACAAGUUCCUUUUUCCAGAGUAUGAAAUUGUAAUAGAACCUGAGGAAAUGGAAACUCCUGGUGAUGGUCAAACAGAUGAAGGUACACAAAAGGACUUGAAGGAAUAUGAAGCAUUGGAGGAGGCUGCAGGCAGCACAAGUGAAGGGUUUGAAUCACUAGAUGAGGAGGUAUUGGAGGCAAUGGCAAAACAUGAGACUCAAGAGGACAAGAUUUUCCAAAAAUUUAAAAAUCGAAUAGCUGCAGAACCAGAACAGAUUCUCAGAUACUGUCGAGGAAGAGAAGGCCCCAUAUGGAUCUCUGGUGAAAACAUUCCCCAAAUGAAAGAGAUCCCACAUUGUUCAUGUGGUGCCCAAAGGAUAUUUGAAUUCCAAGUUAUGCCACAGCUCCUGACCCACCUGAAGGUUGACAGCCUAGGAGAAAGUAUUGACUGGGGAACACUUGUAGUCUACACAUGUGCUGAAAACUGUAACCUAGCAAAUGGAUAUAUGGAAGAGUUCAUCUGGAAACAGGAUAUUACUACAGAUUCUACUUAACUACAUAUUUUGUAGUUUCUGUAUAAUGGAUUUUACCAAUACAUGUGUACAUUGCAAGAAGGAAAGUGGUAAUUGAACUAGUAUUUCAUAGAGGGACUAGCCCUGGGUUGUAUUAACUUUGUGUAUAUUGUAAAUAAAUGAUAGCUAAUGAUGUCAUGAAAA